CACUUGAUGAUGCAGCUACGAAAUCCAACAUCCUCGUGUUAAUUCAUGAUGAAUCCCUAAUGAUCAUCCGAGUGUUUGUUAAUGUCUAUGGAUUCGGAAGAUUUCCGCAAAGAAUCAGAAUUUGUGAUUGUUCAUUCUCUAACUCUAUCUCGUAUUGUAAUAAGUGGAAGCACUAGAUGUAGAGUCAUAUAUUAUUAUCGUGUGGAAUUACAAUUGUAGAGCAUCACGCGUCGCAAAACUUUGGAUCGGUCGGCGCCUGAAAAGAUAGGAGACUGAGUUAGUUCAUUCUUCCGACGCCACGCACCAGCAGUUUUGAUGAACCUCUGAUAUAUAAUCUGAACCUGUCAUUAUAUCUAAUACGAUUCUUUCGUUGACUCUGAUUGUUUCUCGAUAUUGUUACUGAAUAAAUAGUUUGUCUUUUUCACAGAGUUUGACGUGGUCGUCGUCGUCGUGACUAUAACUAGAACUACGCUGUUCAACCAAGAAUCCCCACGACCCAAAAAUGAUCUAUAGAGACUAUCAUAACUUGAAAGAUGCGGACUUGGCAGGUCCUGCCUCUUCCGAUAUCGUUGCUCUAGCAGCACAGGCUGCUUCAGCUUCUGGCGCUGGUCCCUCGGUCAUGUUUCAAGACGAAGUGACUGGGUUUUCCUUUUUGACCGCGAGUGGCCAUACGCCUGCAUCUGCAAGUGCUAGUUCUACACCUACUGCAUCCAAUAGAGCAUCUGGAGGUAGUCAAAGUGCUCAAACUGGAGGAGGAAAUAUCUUUGCUGGACCAAGACCGGUAGGUGGAGCAGCAAGUGGUGGAGGUGUGAGCCCACCAGCACCUCCCGGAGGUGCACCGGUAGCACCACCAAACCAAGCUCAGUUUGCUAACGGCAGACGAUUUGUGCUUCCAGUGCCAGCACGGGACGAAAUUCUACGCGCCCACGAGAGAAAUCUGCAAGCCUGCUUAGUCCUAGCUAUCGGAACUCUGAUAGCUUGGUACGGCAUUACGCAAGCAGUGCGACAAUACAAAAUGACGCCAAGAGCCAGAGCUCUCAUGUUAUGGUUCGUCCCUUGCAGGAUGUACUAGAUGAAGUAGACUGACAUUGUAAGUAGAAGAUGUUGAAUACACCCACACCGCGACCGCCUGUAGUAGUACAGACUUGUUUAUCGGUUGAAGAGCAACAGCAUGAAUAAGUAUCAAUAUAACUAAGUAGAGCAACGAUCAGCAGCUUUCCGUAGGUUAGACUAUGUACGUUGAGCGCAGUCAUACGUAGUCAUCAGCUUUCCAUAUUGGCCUAACAGUUGUUAACAGAAGAUCUACUUCUCGCAUCGUCUAAUCCUUCGCCGUUUUGGCUUUUUCGAGUACGCUGAGAAUGGAGCAACGAAAGAGGAGAAGGCGCGCUGCAUGCGUUUGAUCCUGAGUCACUCGACUAAGGAUUUGUCGAGUAUUAUUGCGGACUUGCGACACGUUCCAGGGCAAAUCCUUUGCGCCUGUAUGCUCGUUGGCGCGAUACUGAUUACAACCGUGGACUUUCAUCUGGUUAAUUAUUCCAAAGUGACGGAUGGCACCGCGUUCUUAGACGUGGUUGUGAACACCUUGCGGAAACUCUCCCUACUGGCCUUAGUCCCGAUUCUGUUUUUGCCGUUGCCGAAGAACACAGAGCUGUGGACCAUGGAGCCAGAGAGCUGGCAUCCGAAGCAGUUGACGCCUGCAGAGACGCGCGCAAACAUCAGAGAAAAAAAUGUGGAGGCCUUCGCGCAAUGCAAGUUCCACACUCUAGCAGCCAUGCUUUCUGCGUGCCUGACGCCCAUGAAUUUGCUUGUUCUGAUCAUGGACUUCGUCGAGUUCGGCACCGGUGCGCCAGCCUUCUAUAAGAACGGACACCCACAGGCGGACAAGAAGGGAUCCUUCCGCGCACUGAUGACCGGCGAUAAUCUUCAGGCUGCGUCGUUCAAUCGUCCAGACAUCUGCCGCGUUUCCACGUGGACGAUUUAUGAGCCGCUGAAGCUGUGGAGCAACGUAUUGUUCUGCUGGAUCCCGAGUCCGUGGGUUUGGUUUGCGAUCUCCGUUGUGCGCUUGGUGAUCGUAUUGUUGAAUUGCCACACGGCGCAGCGCGUCAUGUUCCACAUGACGAGGGCAAGGGUCGGCCACGUUGCGACGAUGAAGAGUUUCCGAGCUGAGAUCUGCUUUUUCAAAACGAACCUGCGGGACUGCGUUCUCGCAGCGAUUGCCGGCCUAUUUGCGCCCUACGCGAGCUACGACUCCUAUGCGUACAACUACUACGUUCAGCACGAGAAGAUGAAGUUGACGGUCGAGAGCCAGAGAAGUUCGAUUGGCAGCUUUCAGGUGGUGCGGCAACCGACGGAAGCAACUGGGCAAUUCGCUUUGGAUGCUAGUAGUGCCGAUCCCGUGCCCGGGAUGAAUCUUGGAGGUGGGGGUAACAACCCUGCUCAGGGAGCGCCGGCGGAGUGGGUGAUUACGGGGUCCCGCGGCCGCUUUGCCUUUCUACUACGCUGGAACAUGAUUCAGAACCUGAUCACGCGCACCUUGAUUCUGGUUAUUGCUGCUGUGGCAUUGUUCUGCACUGUCGGACCUUGGUUGAUCCGGCGAUUGUGUAUGGCGUGGAACGAUUUUAAUUAUACUGACGAGGAAUUGGUGGAGCUCUUUGACAAAAGUUGGGUGCCUAACGAAGAAAAUUUGGAGAAAAUGAUUCUCACAGAAUUUGCAGACCACAUGGGAGGCGAAGGGGACGUUGAUGCAGGAACUAGUGAAGCAGGCUUAGCUAGCGACGACGGACGCAUCACAGGUGAGGAAAACACGACCAACACUUCAACUUCUCCCGAUCACGCGGGUGGUGCCUCGACUAGUGCAGGACGAGCCCGUCGUCAAGGGGAAGCAACGCCAGGUCAAGGUGCUAUAGGCGAAGACUACGAUGACGCGGUAACAACGCCUUUUGUUGUGCGCGGAGCAUCUCUCCGACGUCGCGAAACCAGUGGCCGCGCAAGUGGAAGGAGUGUCAUCAGUGACGAUGGCGCUGCUCUGGAUGUCAUGGAAAGCGAGAAUCAGGCCAAUCUCCUGAACCGCCAAACGGCCCGACGUGAGAGUCAGAUGUCCAGCAGGCGCGAACAACCUCGACACUUUUAG